UAGCAGAUUACAACCAAAGAGAGAUCAAUUUCCAACACCCAAAAACAAAAUUGGAAGAUGAGUAUCUUGCAAAAAUUAUGGUCAAUAAUCAUAGCAAUAAUCCCAAGUUGGAUAAUAACCAUUCCAAUUUUCUUGUUUCUAAAUAAGAAACAAGAACAGGUACACAGACAAACAUUUGUUAACAUGUUUUCAGGAGAAUCAUUAUCCAAGAAUGAUAAUGCAACCAUUGAUGGUGAGCUUCCAAAGGGGCUCCGGCAAGAGCGAAUGCCGGAGCACCUGGCGGUGAUAUUGGAUGGGAAUAGAAGGUGGGCUAAGAAGAGAGGACGAAACCCUGUUGAAGGAUAUGAGGCUGGUCUUGCAACUUUGGGAAUGUUUCUUACUUUGUGUCGUAAGUGGAGGAUUCCAAUUGUCUCACUUUUCUUGUUCUCCUCUGAGAAUUGGCUUCGACCUAAAGAAGAAGUUGAUUUCUUGCUCGAACUAUUCGAAGGUUCUUUGACGCAUUAUUUACUACGCUAUUGUCGCAAAUAUGGAGGAAGAGUUUCAGUGAUUGGAGAUGCAUCUUCACUACCCAAAACCCUCCAAAAAGCUAUUGAACAUAUAGAAGAAGGAACAAAAGACAACACUGAAUUUCACUUGAUAAUGGCAAUGAGUUACAGUGGACAAAAUGACAUAGUGCAUGCUUGUCAAAGCAUUGCUGCAAAAGUGAAAGAUGGGCUUUUACAACCUGAAGACAUAACCAAAUCUGUGUUCGAACAACAGCUUCAAACUAAGGUUACCAAUGUGCCAUCCCCUGAUUUGCUCAUUCGAACAAGCGGCGAGUUUCGAGUUAGUAACUAUUAUCUAUGGCAAUCAGCUUAUUCUGAGAUGUACUUCACUGAUACACUUUGGCCUGAUUUUGGAGAAGAUGAGUUUAUAAAGGCAUUAACCUCGUUUCAGCAGAGAGGGAGACGCUUUGGCAAAGCAUAAGGUUGUGGAAUAUCUUGUAUGAGCAGAACUUGCUAUAUUUAUUGUGAAAUCGCUGAAAUUCUAUUUUAGUUAU